AUGGCUUUCGACAUGUCUGCAGUCAGGCUUCGGCCCACCAUCGUUAAGGCGUUGCUUGCCUUCUCGACUCUUCUUCACAGCUCCACCGCUGAAGUCAUCUCCAACGUCUCAUCGACCUUUCCCGACUCUCGAAGCCGGACCUGGUGUCCUGAGCGCUGCGAUGGUUCCGUGCCGAGUAAAUGGUCUGCGUACCCGAACCUCAACCGCUUCUCGAGCUGCCCUCAAUCAAUCUACUAUGGCUUCUCACUGUCAGACCGCAUCGACGACCCCGAGGAAGCCCAGCGCAUCUAUGCUUGUGCCUCUGACGAUGCCGGCUGGGCCAGCGUCGGCAAGAACGGCAACGGUGCAGCCCCCAAGCCAGCCUCCUCCAUCGACGAUGCCAAGUACCAGAUUGGAUCAUGGUCCGAUGCAAAGGGCUCGCCUGUCGGAUCCGCCGCCAAGACCGUCGUUGCUCAACUCCAAGGGUAUCUCGCUAACGGCCUUGCCCCUGUUAAAGGCCCGGCGAUUGUCAUCAGCUCCCUAGGUACGGUCAACUUCGGAUUAUAUAUCGGAGAAGGUCUCCAGAAUCAGAUUAUUGGAAGCUCCGCUCUUAAGACCCUCGAGGCCAGCCUUGCCGGAGACCUCGCCAGCACGGCGAAGGUCGCUAUGCAAUACUGCCACCCGAACCAGACUGCCGAUCACAUCUUUGGAUUCAUUGCUACUAAUGACGGAACCUUCGGUACCGUCCAACAGGCUCUAUCGUCAUGGAAUAACGCCAGCUGCUUAGACAUCCCCUCGGUCAGCGAAAUCACUGGUCCGGCUGUCUUCAACACACCUUUGUAUGACGCAGCCAACUCGACUCUUUCAUCAAACUCCACAUCCGUGGUGAACAACUCCACCUCGAACACAAACCUCACCUUGAGCGCCACUAACUCCAGCACACUUCAAAAUGCGACACUUUCGUCCCGAUUCGCUCACCUGAAGCGUGCUGACUGCAGCACCCAAACGGUUGUGUCCGGAGACAGUUGUGGAUCUUUAGCUCAAAAGUGCGGCAUCUCCGGCGCCGACUUUACGAAGUACAACCCAAGUGACGGCUUUUGCUCCAAGCUGCAAGUUGGUCAGCACGUUUGCUGCUCCGCCGGCACCCUUCCGGACUUUGCUCCGAAGCCGAACUCGGACGGAAGCUGCGCCGCCUACACCGUUGUCGAGAACGACAAUUGCGCUGUGAUUGCUAACAAAUAUUCGUUAACGAACGACAAGCUCGAGGAAUUCAAUAAGAAGACUUGGGGCUGGAACGGAUGCGCUACACUUUGGCUCGGAACCGUUAUGUGUGUAAGCAGCGGUGACCCACCAAUGCCUGCUGCUGUAAAGAACGCUCAGUGUGGACCGCAGAAGCCCGGCACAAGCAAGCCAGCUUCCGGUACUGAUUUGUCCACUUUGAACCCCUGCCCGCUUAACGCAUGCUGCAACAUCUGGGGACAGUGCGGUGUCACUGCUCCAUACUGCACGAUCUCCAAGUCCGAGACUGGUGCGCCAGGCACAGCAAAGAAGGGCGAGAACGGUUGUAUCUCCAACUGCGGCACCAAAAUCAUCCGUGGCUCGGCGCCCGCCACGCAGAUGACCGUAGGCUUCUACGAGGGAUACAACCUGGGCCGUGACUGUUUGUACCAGAGUGCAGGUCAGGUCGACACCUCCGGAAACACACACGUCAUGUACUCGUUCGGUACCUUCGAUGCAAGCUACACGAUUUCAGUGGGUGACAUUUAUGGUCAAUAUGAGUUCGCACGGUUCAAACAACUUCCGCGAGUGAAGAAGAUCCUUUCUAUUGGAGGCUGGGACUUUAGCACGUUCCCGCAGUACUAUCAGUUCUUCAGAAAUGCUGUCACAACGGCCAACCGUCAAGCUUUUGUCAACAGCGUGGCCGCGUUCAUCAAACAGCACAAUCUGGAUGGAGUCAACAUUGACUGGGAGUACCCCGGUGCCCAGGACAUGCCAGGAAUUCCUGCUGCGGACCCGAAUGAGGGUUACAGCUACUAUGCCAUGCUUCGUUUGCUGCGUGCGGCUCUUCCGGACAAGGAAAUAUCCAUCUGCGCCCCCGCUUCGUAUUGGUACCUCAAAGGCUUUCCAAUUAAGCAAAUGGCUGAGGUUACCGACUACAUUAUCUACAUGACGUACGACUUGCACGGUCAAUGGGAUGCUAACAACCAGUGGGCUCAAUCCGGAUGUCCAUCCGGUUACUGCUUGCAGUCCCAGAUCAACAUCACCGAGACCCUCGGCGCUUUGAGUAUGAUCACCAAGGCGGGUGUGCCCUCGGGCAAGAUCGUUCCUGGUGUCACUAGCUACGGCCGAUCUUUCAAGAUGUCUCAAGCCGGCUGCUACGGUCCUCAGUGCACCUACACCGGUUCAGCUACACAAUCCAACGCUAAGCCGGGAGUCUGCACCAAGACCGGUGGUUACAUCUCAAACGCAGAGAUCUUCCAGAUCAUCAGCAACAAGAAGCGUGACGGCCGUGUCCAACAGAACUUCUACGACUCCACUUCUGCUUCCAACAUUCUUGUCUACGAUGAUACUGAAUACGUCGCCUAUAUGGACGACAAGACCAAGGAGACCCGCAGAGCGAUCUUUUCCUCCUUGAACAUGGGAGGAUCAGCCAAUUGGGCAACUGAUCUGGAGAUUUAUAACCCUGCUCCUGCUCGAUCUGACUCAUGGCCCGCAUACAAGAAAGCCAUUGCGAACGGUGGGGACCCCAACCAAGUCGAGCCUCCCACUGGAGACUGGAACAAAAUCACCUGUGAUGCCGAGGUCAUCAAGAACCUUCGCUCCUACACUUCCUCGCAACGAUGGGAUGCCCUCAAGGUCAAGGAUGCCUGGGACUAUGCUGUCGGCAUCUGGAAGAAGACCGACCGAGACGCCAAGACUUUUACAUUCUCUCAAUCGAUCUGGCUCUCACUCCAUGGUCCUCAACAGACUAACUGCAACUUGAUCGACGGAACUUGCGAUUCAUUCAAGACCUGCGUUGAGUUCCAAGGUAUCGGAGCGGGUGCAUAUGAACUGUGGAACAGUCUAGCUUUUAUCAACAGCUUGUACAGCAGACACCGAGCUGCUAUUGUCGGCGCCGCCUCAACUAUCAUCAGUAAUUCAAUGACUCACUUCCAGGACACUUUUGCGCCUCUACCACCACCAGACCCAACUCAGGCUGAGAUCGAGAUGAUCAUUGCGCUCAUCACUCUUGGUGCUUCGGCAGCAGCUGCGCCUCUGUUCAACUCGGUAUUCAAGCUGGUUCCCUACUUCGCAAAGAACCCAAACACCCUUGGUGUCGUCAAGGAUGAAACCAACGCUUUGAUCGCUUUCAGUGCCAGCGCUGCUCGUGCCAAUAUCAAGGCCUCACCACCAGCCGAAUGGACCCUGAAGAAGCAAAACGGCUUCACCGCGACCCUGGGCGAGUCCCUCCACGGCUGGGCCGCCGUCGACGACAUCGGUCUCAACCACCUCUUCAAUGGAGACGACGCCUCCAUCGAUGCUCUCUUCUCAGUGAUCAACAACGGCAAACUCAUCGCUGGAAGUGAGGGUAUUCCUUCAUCCAUCAAAGUCUCGCAAGAGAUGCAGUCCGAACUUGAAGAUGCAGUCGCCAGAGCAUUCUGGGCAUUUGCUAUUCCUGCGGUGUGGAACACCCAGGGCAAGAGCGUCUUUGUCAUUGAUUCGGGAACUCCUUGUGGAGAUGGCGACAAGAUGGGUGAUUACCUCGAUGACAAGACAAUAAAAGCAACUUCCACCUGCGUUGACGGUUCUUUAUACUACCUUGCUUAUCCUGACGGUGACGCCACUACUUAUCUGGAGAACGGCGACGACAUCAAGAACAAGUUCAAAAUGGCCCCUGGCACCGACGCCCUUGACGGCGGAAAUUGGGGGAAGGUCACGGCCCAGGACAUUGUCAAGGGUUCGGUACGAACCUACAAGCAGAAUGGCAGUAGUAACGGAGGAGGUGUCGCCGACCCCACCAACUCCGGCACUCUCGAAGAUCUCACAAACCAGGACAUCACCACUCCUGGUUACAUGCGCCUGCCAGUCUGCUCUCCAGCCUAUGCCUUCAAGGCUUGGGACAACCCGAAGACAGCCAACAAGACCGAUCCAAUGUGGCCUUGUGUGUACACCAAGGCCCGCUCCGAAUGCUGGGACAUCACCUUCGAGGACCAGACCAGCGACGCAUCUGCCUCCGUCGAUGACUGCAAGGGCAUUAUCCGCAACAUCGCGGGUACCGACGGCCGCUGGGACACCGGAAUCGGCUCUCAGAAGCGCAUUGCGCAGUUCGGCCACUGUGCUUUUGGUGUCGAGGCCGCUGGAGUUAAGGGCUCUGUCGACUACUUCACCGGCGCUCAGGAUAUUGUCGACGCCAUUCAGGGGUCGAUCGAUAAAUUUGGAGGCAGCACUGGCAAGAUUGGUGCGAAAGGUACUAUGACUUGCAACGGAAAUGCCUCGAAGCAGCCCGUGAAAUGGGGUCUCUACAAGUAUUAG